ACGUGUAACCUUGAAUUUCUGCUUCGGGCGGUCACUUGAAGUCGUUUGAUUGUUGUAGAAUGUCUUUGUAAAAUAGUCGAUGUAGUCAUCCAAGUCGUGACAAGAGCUGUUUAUCGAACUCGCUUUUGUCUAUUCCAGUUUUGAGCUUAUUGAUAGGCUUCAUUUAUUUGGAACAUGGAGGGUAUUGCUGAUGUGUUUAGGUGCUUUAUUUGCAUGGACAAAUUGAGGGAUGCAAGAUUAUGUCCACAUUGCUCAAAACUUUGUUGCUUUGCCUGCAUUCGUCGGUGGCUUGUAGAACAGCGCUCACAAUGUCCUCACUGCAGACUUCCACUCAGACCUCAUGAGCUUGUCAACUGUCGAUGGGUUGGAGAUGUUACUCAGCAAUUAGAGAGCCUCCAGCUACAAAGUGCUCCUUCAGUUACACCAUCCAGUUCAGUGUCAAACAGUGCCAGCACCACUGAUUUGUGUGAUAUGCACAGUGAAAAACUCUCAGUCUAUUGUGUCACUUGCAAGAGCUGUAUUUGCCAUAAAUGUGCACUUUGGGAAGGUACUCAUUCAGGCCAUAUGUUUCAGCCUUUAGAUGGAAUGUACGAAACUCACGCAACUAAAAUUCGGGACGGAAUUGCCCAGCUAAGGAGAAGACUUUUAGAAAUAAGCAUGAUCGUUCAAGAUGUGGAGCGUAACGUCGAAAGUGUCCGAACAGCGAAAGAUGAAAAAGUGAGUGAAAUACGUCAUGCGGUAGAAUUGAUAGUAUCUCGUCUAGAUUCUCAGCUACGAAGCAAACUCUUGUCCUUGGUGGGGCAAAAGAAUGUUCUGACUCAAGAAACUGACCAUUUGGAAGCAUUGUUGCAGGAAACUGAAGCAACACUGCAGAAUGAAUCCAAGAGUCAAUUGAUAGCUAAAAGUGGCGAAAUCAUGUCUGCAAUGGACAGAGCCCAGCGUCGAGCCUUGAGCUCUUUCACUUUACACCACGUCCCAGCAGAUUUCCAAAGCGAAAUCGUUCCAGCUUACAGCACUAGCAUCUUUACAAUUGAAGAUUUCAGUAGAAUGAGGAAUAAUGCGGAUCCUAUUUACUCACCACCACUAGUCGUCGAUGGCCUCAAGUGGAGACUUAAGGUUUACCCCGACGGAAAUGGAAUCGUUCGCGGCAAUUACUUGUCUGUUUUUCUCGAACUCACGAGCGGCGUAUCGGAGCCAGCCAAAUACGAGUAUAGAGUAGAGCUGAUUUAUCAAGGGCCGAAUAAUGCGAGUGGUGGUCUCUCCACAAACCGUAAUAUUGUACGGGAAUUUGCCAGCGAAUUCGAUGCCGGCGAAUGUUGGGGCUAUAAUCGUUUCUUUCGCCUCGACCUCCUUGCUUCCGAAGGCUAUCUAAGACCGGAAAGUAAUUCUCUCAUUCUACGAUUUCACGUCCGUCCACCAACGUAUUAUCAGAAAUGUCGUGACCUUCAGCGAUAUCUUUCCAGCAUGUUGCAAAAACAUGCUCGUUAUCUAAACAUCAUAAAAGAUUUCACCGAGGGUAGACAAGACCAAGAGCUUGUGCAAAGCGAAGGGGAAGAAAAUGGUGAUGUGCGCAAUCAAACCAGUUCUGUGACCUCGUCAGUCCCAGAUCGUGGAGCCACAGUUUGUCUAUCAACGCAAACCUCCACACUGAACACGUCAAUAACAGAAAACGACGAAGUUUUAUUAACCGACGAAGUUUUUGAGAGUACCUCACCCUCUCAACGCUUGCUCAAUUUGACCGAUAGCGUCCGUCGAUUGGCUGGCGGGUUCCAAAGCACUAGCGUGCAGCCAGAUGACGAAUGGGUUUCUACUAGCAGCGAAAGCGGGACCCCGAGCCUUGGCAACGACAAUGUUGUCGAUGAAAACAACCUCAGCGAGGGUGAAUUAGAACUCAGCGAAGCUGUAAUUAGCGUGAACCAGUACAUAAUGCAGCCCCGCUUUGCUGGCGCAAACCAUUUCGAUCGCAAUGUCUCGACGUCCAGUAUUCGGGAUGGAGACUUGACUUACCCUUUGAUGGAUCAAACGUUCAGAGAAUUGAACAACGCCACCAUGAACGGGAUAGCGUCCAACGUUUCAGUGCAUUCAUUUGCCGAGCGUGAUUGGGAUCAAGAAACCUUGGAAAUGUCUUCUAUCGUCCCGGAAACGGAACAACCAGUGAGGACGCCAGUUCGAACGACCAGGUUGAGGAGUCCCCAGUCUCACCAGCGGAAGAAUCGACGAGCUCGUGACAACACAUUUCUGCUACCAAGAUUAGGUACCAGUCGUAGGCGCUCAAUCUCACCGCCCCGUAGCCGUGCACCGAUUCCCAGUCCAGCUCCUGCCCCACAAGCAGCAGCCAAUUUCUCUGCCAAAAGCAGUGCCGCUGAAGAAUAAAUAACUUCACUCAUCAGUGCAGCAGAAGAAAGAACAAAUUAAACCCAUCCACACUUCUGAUUUUAACCGACUGUGCUUAUGCACCUUAUUUGUUAUCCCUCUUAUUAAUUAUUAUUAAUUAGAUAUGCGAAUCUGAAAAUAUACACCUUCAAAUUCUA